UGUGAGGGAGAGUCCAGGGACAGAGCAGAGACAGAGCAGGGACAGAGCAGAGACAGUAUAGUGACAGAGCAGAGACAGUCCAGAGACAGUGCAGAGACAGAACACAGAUAUUAGAGAGACAGAACAGAGUCCAGUGGAUCAUGUACGAGCUGGAGAAGGAGUCUCUGCGGCUCUACAGCCACUACAUCGCUCACUUUUUGCGACCCUCUUACAUCCGGGGAUUUUUGACAACCUACCUGGAUGAAGAGUGUGUAGAGAAGAUCUUAUCGGAGGAGAAGUUGUCACGGACGGCGGCGGCUCAGACGCUGCUGGAUAAGAUGUUGGACCUGGAGGAGGCCGGCUGGUUCCAGGGCUUCCUGGACAUGCUGCAGGUUUCAGAUUACACAGGUCUCCACAUGGCGAUCAGUAAGUGGGACUUUAAGGAGCUGGAGGAUCUGUGUCCUCACAGGAAGCUGCUGGAUCAAGUUGAGAUGUCCAUCACCAAAAACAUGAAACCCAGAGAGCUGCUGCCAUACAUGAGCUGUCUCACAAACCGAGAGUGUGAGGAGAUCAGAGCGGUGGAGGAGCAGAAGGGGUGUGUUGCAGCGAGUGAGCUGUUAGUGGACACUCUGAGACACUGCGAUAAAUCAAACUGGUUUAAAGUGUUUAAACUCGCACUGGAGAACUGCAGCCAGAAUCUCGCUCUACAGCUGCUCGAGCCCGAUGAGAAUGGGAAUUGUGUUCAGGACUAUGAAGAGGUAGUCAUGCCAACGGUGUGUUUCGAGUACAGAGAGGACGGCGAGAGCGACAACCUGAUGAGCAGCAACAGUGUGACGAGUGUGACUGAGCAGCGUGUCAAGGAUGCGGAGGGGGGCGUGGCCAGUGUGGGUGAGAGACAUACAGAGAAGAAGUUGAGAGAGUAUCAGAAAGAGCUCGCUGCAGCCGCAUACAGCGGCCUCAACACCAUCAUCUGUGCUCCCACAGGUUGUGGUAAAACUAUUGUUGCCGUGGCGAUCUGUGAACAUCACCUGAAGAAAUAUCCUGACAAGGCCAAAGUGGUUUUCAUGGCAACCAAAGUGGAGGUUUAUGAACAACAGUACAAACUGUUCCAAGAGCACUUCAGCAAGGAUCCGGACAUCAAGGUGAAAGGUGUGUGUGGGGACAUGGGGGACGUGAAUCUGCCCACCCUGGUGUCCAGCAAUGACGUGUUGAUAAUGACUCCCCAGAUUCUGGUGAACGCUCUGCAGCGUGGUGAUGUGACCUCUCUGAACACCUUCACACUGCUGCUGCUGGACGAGUGUCACAACACCACCGGCAAACACCCGUACAACAACAUCAUGAGCCUCUACAUCGAAACCAAACACACCACACAAAAAAACUCACUGCCUCAGGUGGUGGGCUUCACUGCGUCUGUUGGUAUCGGGAGUUUUAAGAAUGUGCCCGAGGCUGAGAACAACAUCUGCCAGCUGUGUGCUAACCUGGAUGCCCGGGUCAUCACCACGGUUACUAAUAAUAUUGAUGAGCUGAGGUUAUUUGUGCACACACCUGAGAAAGACUUUUUUCCGGUCCCACCACGCACCUCAGACCCCUUCAUCCUCAUCAUUAAAAACAUCAUGAGGAACAUCGAACAGCUGGCUAUAAAAGUCUACAACAUUGGCACAGUGUCCCAGGUACAGAGAGGUGAUUAUGGCAGUCAGAUGUACGAGCAGUGGAUUGUGGAUGUACAGAAACGCUGCACACUGCUACAGUUCACUAACGCUGAGGAGGAGCGCAAAGUCUGCAGAGCACUAUACACCUACACUGAGCACCUCAGAAAAUAUAACGACGCUCUGAUCAUUAACGAGGACGCUCGCACUAAAGACGCGCUGGACUUCAUGGACUCGUUCAUCAAGGACAUCAGCAACGCCGCCCCAGACCCCACCGAGCGCCAGCUCAUUGACUUAUACCACGCUCAGCGUGAGCAGCUGCGCCAUUUAGCCGCUGAAGGAGAACAAAACCCCAAACUGCAGGAGCUCAAGUUCAUCCUGGAUGAAGAAUACAGCAACAACGAGCAGACUCGCACUGUGCUCUUCGUCAGGACUCGCGCCCUCGCUGAUGCUCUGAAAAAGUGGAUAGAGGAGACAGAUUCACUGAAGUUUCUGAAGCCUGGAGUUCUGAUUGGAAGAGGAAGAAAAUCACAGCUGACAGGCUCAGGUAUGACUCUGACAGGACAGAAGGGUGUGCUUGACUCCUUUAAGAGCUCUGACCAGAGUAAGAUUCUCAUCGCCACCUCCGUCGCUGACGAGGGCAUCGAUAUCCCACAAUGCAACCUGGUGCUCAUGUACGAGUACGUCGGCAACGUCGUCAAGAUGGUGCAGGUUCGAGGUCGGGGCAGAGCUCAGGGCAGCAGGUGUUUUCUGAUCUCCAGCAGGCAGGAGCGCAUUGAUAAAGAGAAACUGAACAUGGACAGAGAGAAGCUGGUGGACGCGGCCAUUAAACUCCUGCAGAACUCACCUGAGCGCCUGUGUGCCAAGGUGGACCGGUUCCAGAAGGAGGACGUGGCCCGGAGAGCCCAUGCGAACUCGAGCGUAGAGAAAACUCUGACUGAGGGAAGCUACGAGUUCCUGUGUGGAAAGUGCAAGAAGUUUGCCUGUUCUAGUGAUGACCUGCGUGUGCUAAAGGAAUCUCACCACGUGGUGCUGGAUCGCUCCAUAUUCCAGCGCUGUGACACUAAACCUCACAAUAAAAUCCAGACCUUCGACAACAUCACCAAAAAGGAGAAGAUGUUUUGUUCUGACUGUAAACAUGACUGGGGCAUCAUCGCCUCCUACAUGAAUAUAGAGAAUUUGCCGGUGGUGAAGAUUGAGGCUUUCAUCCUUCAGGACCGAGACACGAAGAGACUGCAGAUUUUCAAAAAAUGGCGUGACGUCACGUUCCGUAUGCGAGAGUUUGACGUGUCCGAGAUGACGGUGGAUAUGCGGGAGCCAAGAACAUAGAGACAAAAACGAGAUGAUAAACAUCUAAAACUGCCAGUCUCACACACACACACACACACACAUUUGUACUAAUAUCAUAGGGUCAUGUUUACUAAGGCGAAUACUAUUUACUGGAGUUUUAGUGAUGUGUUGCACUGGUGGGCGGAGCCAAUGUACUAGGCAAAUUAACAUAGACAAGGUGGGUUUUUUUUCAUGUAUUGUGGGGUUUUGUUAUGACGUUCUUGUAACGUUAUUCUUCUUUUGAAAUCACACACAACCCGAAAACGAUCUGAUUGGCUGAAGCAAGUCACUGAUUAAAACUCUGGCAUUUUUUAGUUUCCUCAAAUAACUUCAAGAAGCAAUAUAGUUGCAAAAUCAUUUUGCGAAAUCACAAAGUCAGUAAUUAUUGAACAGCUAUUGGCUUUGAUCAAUGAGAAUGGGCGGGUCAUUAAAUUAAGCCCCGCCCCCGUGCUGUUGUUUGAGACGGAAAGUGCACAAGAGUAGCGACGCCCCUUUGAUCUUAUUCUCGACGGUCACAUGGUUUUUAACCACAAAAUAAAGUUUGUGAUGAUUUUUACAUUUUUUACUCACAACCUGAAACCUCAAUAAAAUAUUUUAAUUUUAAACAUAUUUUUAGACAUUUUUUAAAAAUUCUUUUACAAAAUCAGUUAUCAAACAAGAUAUAUUAAAUAAUUAUGUAAACAAAUUUUUAAAAAACCUAGCCUAAUGCUAGCAACCUUUCAAGCAAACCUGGGGAAUGUUUUAAUUACAUGACAGCGUAUAUUCUUAUAAUAAUGUUAGAAUAAUGUUAUUAUAAUGUUAUAAUAAUGUUAGCUCUCAUGUCACACUUCAGAACAAAUUACAGACACACGUCACCUCAGCUAAUAUUAAAGUAGGUUAUUAAUAGUCAGAUGCUAUUAGCAUUGUUCAGCUAGCUGGUUAAGAGGUGCGAGUUUUUCCACAGAAACCUGACACAGAUCGAGCUUUUUGUUUGUUUGUUUGUUUGUUUGUUUUAUCUUCAUCAUGUUUGAAUGUUUUAUGUUGCAGAACUGAACAAAGGGCUUCAAACAUCUCAAACAUUCUCACGUUCACACAGUAACGAUUUCACUGCAGGAGAAACGUGUAUCAGCAUCAGCAACACUGCACACUGUACUGCUCUCCUUAUUAUUAUUAUUAUUAUUAUUAUUACUUUAGUAGAUAAAGAAGAAAAUAAAUAUAACUAAAUGAAA